UUUCCAGCCCGGCCCUCGCCGGCUCGCAGCGCAGCCCCUUGGUCAGCUUGGUCUCCUCCCGCCCCCUGGAAGUUCGCUGCGCUGCGGAGCGGAGCAAAGCGCCGGUUAGCCAUGGGGAGCCCCGCACUCCGGCCCGCGCUGCUGUUGCCUCCUCUGCUGCUGCUGCUGCUGUUGCUGUGCCUUCCGCAGUGCCGUGGCUUCCCAGGAUCGGGAGACUCACCGCUAGAAGAUGAUGAAGUCGGGUAUUCACACCCUAGAUUUAAAGAUACUCCAUGGUGCUCCCCCAUCAAGGUCAAGUACGGGGAUGUGUACUGUAGGGCCCCUCCAGGAGGAUACUACAAAACAGCCCUGGGAACCAGGUGUGAAAUUCACUGCCGGAAGGGCUAUGAGCUGCAUGGCUCUUCCCAGCUGAUCUGCCAGUCAAACAAAUGCUGGUCUGACAAGGUCAUCUGCAAACAUAUGGAACCUCCUAGAAUCAAGUGCCCAAGCGUGAAGGAACGCAUUGCUGAACCCAAUAAGCUGACAGUCCGGGUGUCCUGGGAGACACCUGAAGGAAGAGACACAGCAGACGGCAUUCUUACUGAUGUUAUUCUAAAAGGCCUUCCCCCAGGCUCAAAUUUUCCAGAAGGAGACCAUAAGAUUCAGUACACAGUUUAUGACAGAGCUGAGAACAAAGGCACUUGCAAAUUUCGAGUUAAAGUAAGAGUCAAACGUUGCGGUAAACUCAAUGCCCCAGAGAAUGGUUAUAUGAAAUGCUCCAGUGACGGCGAUAAUUAUGGAGCCACCUGUGAGUUCUCCUGCGUUGGUGGCUAUGAGCUCCAGGGUAGUCCUGCCCGAGUAUGUCAAUCCAACCUGGCUUGGUCUGGCACAGAACCCACAUGUGCAGGUAUGUACGCAGCCCUCUUCCAGCCAGCAGCAAAACCUGAAGACUCCUUGGUUGUUCAUUCCAGUACAGGAAGAGAAGGUUUCAUUUUGUGA